UAUUAUUAUUUUAUAACUUUUUUUCAGAUAUAUAAACCUCAUUUCGCCAACCCCUUCUACUCACUUCUCAACUUUUUCUCUCUACCAGUAUUUUCUCUAAUCUUCCUCUCUCAAAUUUUGUAAUCGAAAAUGUCUUGCUUCAAGAGCAAAUACCAAGAUGAGCUCAUUGCCAACGCUGCUUACAUCGGUACCCCUGGAAAGGGUAUCCUUGCUGCUGACGAGUCAACUGGCACCAUUGGCAAGCGUCUUUCUAGCAUCAAUGUAGAGAAUGUUGAGUCCAACAGGCGUGCACUUCGUGAGCUUCUUUUCACCACUCCUGGAGGCCUUGAAUGCCUCAGUGGUGUCAUUCUUUUUGAGGAAACUCUCUACCAAAGCACUGCUGCUGGUAAGCCUUUUGUUGACGUGUUGAAGGAGGGUGGAGUCCUGCCAGGAAUUAAGGUUGACAAGGGUACAGUUGAGCUUGCUGGAACCAAUGGUGAAACCACCACUCAGGGUCUUGACGGCCUUGGUGCAAGAUGCCAGAAGUACUAUGAAGCCGGUGCUCGAUUUGCCAAGUGGCGUGCUGUGCUUAAGAUUGGUCCCAACGAACCUUCUCAGUUGUCCAUCAAUGAAAAUGCCAAUGGGUUAGCUCGCUAUGCUGCCAUAUGCCAGGAGAAUGGUCUUGUCCCCAUUGUUGAGCCUGAGAUCCUGGUUGAUGGACCCCAUUCCAUUGAGCAGUGCGCCGAUGUCACUGAACGUGUUCUUGCUGCAUGCUACAAGGCACUCAAUGAUCACCAUGUCCUUCUCGAGGGAACUCUUUUGAAACCCAACAUGGUUACCCCUGGAUCAGAAGCCAAAAAGGUUGCACCAGAGGUGAUUGCAGAAUACACAGUUCGUGCCCUGCAACGCACCGUGCCUCCAGCUGUUCCUGCUAUUGUGUUCUUGUCUGGUGGACAGAGUGAGGAGGAAGCUACCGUUAAUCUCAACGCCAUGAACAAGCUCCAGACAAAGAAGCCAUGGUCACUAUCCUUCUCCUUCGGACGUGCACUCCAGCAGAGCACACUCAAGGCAUGGGCCGGCAAAGAAGAAAACAUCCCAAAAGCUCAGGCCGCUUUCCUCACCAGGGCCAAGGCCAACUCCCAGGCAACCCUUGGAACUUACAAGGGUGACGCCACUCUGGGCGAGGGUGCCUCAGAGAGCCUUCAUGUCAAGGGCUACAAAUAUUAAGCAAGUCAUGGGCUUUGAGCUCAAUUUUGUGUUUUGUUUUGGUGACUGCAUUGCGCAGUAUGGGUUUAAGACUCUGGUGUUAUCUCAGGCAUAGAGUUAAGACUCUUUAAAAAUCUUAUUUUCUGAUCUCGAGUUUGUGUAGAGGGAUGUUGGUAUUGGUAUUAAUAAGCUUGAGGACAGUAUAGCUGUAGCGGUGAGUAUGCCGACGGUAUUUUUAUUUUGGCUAUGAGGAACUCCAAAUGUUUUGUUUUUUGUUUUUCUUCUUCAAAAAUGCUCCUUUUCAGUUAA